GCCAAGCCAGUGUGCGGAUCUCUUGCCGGUUGCCGCGAAGAGCGCCGGGGCGGAGGUAUGGUGGACAUCGCGACGAGGUAUGUAUAUAACUUGGGGCUUGGAAUACGUCGGCGGGGAUGCUUGUAGACACCCACACACACACCUCUACACUCAGAACAUGGCAGCUACCAAGAACAUUGUGGUCUUUGGCGGGACUGGACAGCAGGGCUCGGCCUUCAUCCGCGCGCUCGGCGCGUACAACGCCUCCGCGCCGCAGUACUCAAUCUACCUCCUGAGCCGCGACCCCUCUGCGGGGUCGUCGAAGCGCCUUGAGUCCGUGCCCGGAGUUAAGGUCGUCCAGGUGGCCAAGAACUACACGGACGAGCCUGUCGCGGCCUUCACGGCCACGGGGCUCAAGAAGGGCGAGGUUCACGGCGCGUUCAGCAUGCAAGGCUACAUCAGCGCCGAGGCGCAGCUUCACCAGGGCAUCGCUAUCGCCGAUGCGGCGAAGGACUACGGGGUCAAGCACAUUAUCUACUGCAGCUUCGACCUGCCGGACCACCCUGUCUCAUGGACCGAGGCCGAGGCCAAGCGCAAGAUCGAGAACCACAUCAAGGAGUCUGGCAUGGGCUACACCAUCCUUGGCGACACCGACUUCAUGGACAACUGGCUCCCGACCAACAAGUACAUGUUCAAGUUCUCGCGCACGAUGGUGCUCUACCACUCGUACUCGGACCCGAAACAGAAGCACCAGAUGAUCUCGACGCGCGACAUUGGCCGCGCGGGUGCCAAGGCCAUUCACGAGCCGGAGAAGUACCUCAACAAGAAGCUGCGCCUCGCCGGCGACGAACAGACGCCGGCGGACAUUGAGAGGAUCUACAAGGAGGUGAUGGGAAAGCCUAUCGAGACGACAUACAGCUUCGUUGCGCUCCUCAUGAAGAAGACGAUCCCAAUGUUGGGGCAGAUGGCUGAAUACUUUGACCAAAACGACCACCCGAUCCCGCUUGAGGAGACGCGCGCGAUCCUCCCAGACGUCGAGAACCUGCGCGAGUUCCUCGAGCGGUACAAGGCUGAGCAGGCGGCCAAGGGCAAGUAAGCAAUAGGACGAGUAAUGGACAGUUUGUAG